GCAAAGCUGGGAGGAGCAGAAGAGGAGAAAUGAUCGUGAUAUCAGUCUGUCCUGAUAAAAGAAGAAACACAAUCACUCCUGAAUCACAGCAUCUACAGGUGGUUGUCAGUGUUUGAUAAAGGCAAAAACAGAAUUUAGUGCUUCAACAGAAAUGGAGAGAAUCACAUGUAUGUCUCUUCUGCUCACAGCUGUGGUCAGUUCUUCUGCACGAGCUCCGCGUCAGUAUCACUUUGUGAAUCAGAACCUGAGCUGGACUGAAGCUCAGAGUUACUGCAGAGAGAAAUACACAGAUCUGGUCACUAUCAGUGACAUACAAGAACAGAAUGACAUUGAACAGGCCAUAAAGAGAGUGAACAGCAAUGCUGACCGUGUCUGGAUUGGACUGAGGAGCACAGACUCAUGGAUAUGGUCUCUGAGUGACCCUGCCUUCUACAGAGAACAUGAGUCUCAGUACAGGAACUGGGGAAGAGAACAACCAAAUGGAGAUGGAGACUGUAUUUACAUGAAAUGUUUGAAUGAUCAUAAAGGACAGUGGCAUGAUGUAGACUGUAGUACAACAAGGCCUUUCAUCUGCUAUAAUGGCAGCAGUAAAGGAUUCAUCCCUGUACAGGAGAAAAAGAACUGGACUGAAGCUCAGAAAUACUGCAGAGAGAGUCACACAGAUCUGGCCAGCGUGAGGAAUCAGACUGAGAAUGAAGAGAUUCAGAAGAUCAUAGACCAAAACAUAACUUCAAGUAAUCAAGAUAAACGAGUCUGGAUCGGUCUGCACAGACUCUGGGUUUGGUCAGAUAACAGCACCUCCACAUUCACACACUGGAAAUCUAAUAGACCCGCAUCCAGAAACACUAAUCACGAUGACUGUGCAUUGAUUGAUCGCCAAGGAAUAUGGACAGAUGAGGAGUGUUCAGAAGAGCAUCCCUUUGUGUGUUAUGAUGAGAAGCUGGUUCUGGUCCGAGAGAAAAAGACGUGGACUGAAGCUCUGAGACGCUGCAGAAACAUGGACAUGGACCUGGUGUCGGUGGAUUCGGAGCAGAUGCAGCAGCGGGUGAUGAAUGUGACCUCGAGCGCUCUCUCUGAUCACGUGUGGCUGGGUCUGCGUCACUCCUGCAAACUGGGACUCUGGUUCUGGGUCAAAAGUCAGACCGUGUGCUACGAUCAGUGGGCUUCUGAUUAUGACAUCGGACUGGACGAAUGUGAUCAGACGGUGAGAUCUGGAGCCAUUCGGACCCGUGAUAAUCACUGGAUCAGCCUUCCUGAAACUGAAGAAAUCAACUUCAUCUGCACCAAGUACAUGUGAUCCAGAUUACACAAUCAGAUUACUAACAUGAAGCACUUGUGAUGAGAUUAUAUAAUAUUUAAAAUGCCCAUAAUCAGAUGCCUGUUACUUAUUGAUUUUAUUGAUUACAUAUUCAGACAAUGGCAGUAAAUUAUUUAUGAUCAUAAAAAGUACUCAGAAUACAUUACUAAUAAUCUGUAAUCUCAUAGAUUGUUACUAAAAAAGUUUUAGUCAUGUAAUUUGGAAUCCUUAAUGGACUAAAAUGAUUUAAGUAAUCACCCACUGUGUGUGAGUCAAAUAACUGUUUUUACAAAUUCAAGACUCAAAUGAUUCAAUUCAAUUCGAUUCAGUUCAAUUCGAUUCAAUUCAAUUAAAUUCCAUAUUUGAAUAUUCAAUUAAAUAUUUGCUUUUUCACUAUACACAUUUCAAAGCAGCUGCACAGAAAAUGUAUAUUUCAUUGUUAGAAUUAGGAAGUUUCUUGUUAUUUGAACUCAAAUGAUCUCCAUUUAUAGUCUAAUGUCUAUUUGAACUUCUAUAAUGUUUUCACUUGUUUAAGUUCGGUUAUAUGAUUCACUUUCAUGACUCAUGAGGUGAUGGAUACAAAUAUUUACUGUGUUUCCCUUCAUUUUGCAUUAUUAUUGUUUUUGUUUGUUUGUUUAGCACAUAUUAUUUACUACUUACUACUUAUAUUUACUUUUUUGUCGAAUCAAUAGGCUAAGCAAACUCCAUCUAAGAUGACUUAAAUAUGUUUAUAUAUAAUCAUAUAAAUGUAAAUACAUACAUGCAAUUUAAUGAAAAUGAUUCUGUAUUUUAACCUCUGCUUUUGCUUGUUUCAUACAGAGUUCCUAAAUGGAAACUGUGAUGCAAAAUACUUAUAGAAUUACAUGUGAGAUCAUAUUUCACUGAUUUUGCAUUUCUCCCUUCACUCAGACAAAACAUGAAAGCAUUAAAAUAUAAUUUUCCCUCCUAUCUCAUAUGUUUUCCAUCACCAUUUGCAUUUAGGGACUUUCAUAAUCCAG